GAUUUUAAUUACGUUAAGCACUUAUAUAUACAUUUCGAACUUAUCUAUUAAACGGGCUUUAAAAAAAUUUUUGUUGAUUUAAAUAAAUACGAAAUAUCAACCAAUAAAAUGGCAUUUAAAAUAAUUGCAACCCUACUUAUCUUGACCGUGUCGUUGGAGAUGAGUUCCGGUUCAGCGAUACCAAUCUGGGAGUUUUUGUCACGUAACGAAAAGAUGUCUUAUUUAUAUUCAACAUUUGCCAAGCUAGUAAGCGAUCAUUGUAAGACGAAUGCAGCAGCUAGCCGAACUGUACCAGUUAACCAUUGCAAACGUGAUCUUCUCAACUAUGGAUAUGAGAAAUUGCAGACGUUCGCAGAUCAUCAAUUGGACACAUUGGAUCCAUAUCAACGAGGUGCUAAUGAAUUGAUUUGGGCAACAAUGAUCCGUGGACAUCCAGCUGUAACAGUCACUACCAGCCGUUAUCCAUCACAAACACAAUCAACUCAAUCUCCCAGCUCAGUGGUUAUUUUAUCUCACCAAAAUCACCCCUCAUAUCCUGCUAACCCCAUUUUCGAUGACCAUGAACGCAAACAUACCUUUGCCAUGGAUAUGGACACCGCCUAUGGUUAUGCACCACCCCCAUCUGCACCAUCACAAUUAUCAGCUGAAGACCGAUUCUCCAUGCAUUCCACUUCUCCCACAUCAUUCAAACAACCAACAUAUCUAAGUGGUCCGUUUGUAUUCCGAGUUCGUCCUGACGGCAGUCCCAUCGAAGAGGACAAACACAAACCAUAUCCUCUGGAUGAUGAUCUUGAAGCCUUUCAAAUCGCCAAACAGAGCAAAGUUGCAACAAUAAGUACCAUCAAACAAAAGAGAUUAGCUAGUCUUGCUAGUCAACAUCUGACAGUGCAACAGCAACAGCAGCAACAAUCUUCGGCAGCACAUCAAUUACAAAGAGACAGACGUCAAUUUAAAAAUGUCAACAGUCAAUAUCCAUCAGUUGUUGCUGGCACCACCUACUAUAGUCGUCGAUUAGUUCAUGUGUAAGUGUAAGAGAGGUGCAAGGUCAUCAUCGAUGAAAAGGUUAAAACCCAAGACGAUAUCAAAAUAUGCUUCCUGAUUGUCAUAAUGACACAUCUUCGAAGUAUUCCUAGAUAAGCAAAUUACGUGCAUUUUAUUAUCAUCAUUAUUAUAAUCAUAUGUCAAACUUAUAACGGGACUCUCGCGGAGAUAUUUAUAAAAUAUGUGGUAUUUUUAAGAUCUGUUUAGUAGACUGAGUGCAUGUUAUAAUAAUGUGAAAUAAAAAUAAACCAAGUGACUGAGUGAGUGGAUUAAUGGGUAAAUGAACAGAGUGUAUGAGAAAAAUAUGCAAAUUAAACUUCAUAUUAAUUACAAACAAAAAUUACCUAUUCAUUAUAUUCAUAUAAAUUUUCAUUGAAAGAAAAAACUCAUAUUGUAAUGUAGUUUAAUAUGAUAAAACAAAAGUCGAUAGUUUAUUUAUAGAUCAAGCAGGAAAUGAAAAUCAUCAUCAGAUUCGUUUUCAAUUUACAACAAAAAAUGAAUUAAAGAUGAGUUUUAUUCAUAUAUGUAUUUAUGUUGACAUCGUGUUUUUCUUUCAAUGUUCGUUCAUCCCGUGAUUUUGUUUUAUUUUGAUUCGAAUAAGUAUUCAUAAUUUUUAAUUUUAUUAUAAUCCUUAUACCAUCACUUUUAAGUUAAGUUCAUUUAAUGUUAACAUUUAAAAAAUAAUUACAUUUAUUACUAAGAUUAGUGUAAGAGACUUUCAAUGUGAUGUUAAAAAACCAUUUUUAUAUAAAAUAAAGAAAAUAAAUUAUUACAAAAUAAAUUAAA